CCCUUCCGCAUAUCAUAAACCUCUAUAAAUACAAAUCAAAUCUACACAAUUUGGUCUCCUUUCUUUCACAAAAUUUUCGCUCCACCAAGGGCCUACCCACAGUGUGUGCUAUUUUCUGGAUUAGUCAUUGUCACUAUUCAAGGAUUGCCUUUUCAUCAAAUGCUAGGUCUAUGUAAAAUAUAGAAAUGGCAUAGCAUAAUCUGAUUCAAAGAUUAUAUCAUUAAGGAAGCGUCGUGAUUUCUUAAAAAUGAGAAAAGGUAUCAUAUUAAAAAGUUGUGAACCACUGUACGCCAAUGGAAACCAAUAGGUACCACUUCAUCAAAAUCACUUCAUCAACAACAACAGAACAAAUACGACAACAACUAAACGUCUCCAGUAAUAGAUGCACCAUCAGUGCCAAAUAUUACACCAAUAAGUACAACUACACCAUCAGUGCCAGCUACUUCAACACCAGAAACUACUCUGUCACAGCCAAUUACUACUUCAGCAGGUACAAUUACACCAUCGGUGUCAACUACUACACCACCAGAAACAACUACAAUACUGGUGCCAACUACUACACCUGGGGUGUCAACUACAACACCAUCAAAGACGACUACACCAGCAGUGUCAACUACACCAACAGGCACAAGUACACCAUCGGUGUCAACUACACCAGAAACAACUACAAUACCGGUGUCAACUACUACACCUGGGGUGUCAACUACAACACCAUUAAAGACGACUACAACGGCAGUGUCAACUACACCGACAGGCACAACUACAUCGGUGUCAACUACACCAGAAACAACUACAAUACUGGUGCCAACUACUACACCAGGGGUGCCAACUACUACACCAGGGGUGCCAACUACUACACCAGGGGUGCCAGCUACUACACCAGGGGUGUCAACUACACCAUCAAGGACGACUACACCAGCAGUGUCAACUACACCAACAGGCACAAGUACACCAUCGGUGUCAACUACUACACCAACAGGCACAACCUUACCAUCGGUGUCAACUACUACUCUGCCAGAAACAACUACACAACUGGUGCCAACUACACCAGAAACGACUGCACCACUGGUAUCAACUACUACACCAACAGAAACCACAUCAUCAAAAACGACUACACCAGCGGUGUCAUCUACUACUCCACCAGAAACGACUACACCAGCGGUAUCAACAACACUUAUAGGCACGAGUUCACCAUCGGUGUCAACAACUACAUCAAAGACGACUACACCAGCAGUAUCAACAACACCAAUAGGUACAACUACACCGUCGGUGUCAACUACUCCACCAGAGACAACUACACCAGUGGCAUCAACUACUACACCAACAGGUACAGCUACACCACCGGUAUCAACUACUAUACCACCAGAAACCAGUACACCAGCGGUACUACACUGUACACCAGCCUACACACCAACAGGCUACACGGUAUCAACUACUAUACCACCAGGCGGUGCCAACUACUACACCAACAGGUACAGCUACACCACCGGUAUCAACUACUAUACCACCAGAAACCAGUACACCAGCGGUGUCAACUACUACACCAACAGGUACAGCUACACCACCGGUAUCAACUACUAUACCACCAGAAACCAGUACACCAGCGGGCAACUACUACACCAACAGGUACAGCUACACCACCGGUAUCAACUACUAUACCACCAGAAACCAGUACACCAGCGGUGCCAACUACUACACCAACAGGUACAGCUACACCACCGGUAUCAACUACUAUACCACCAGAUACACCAGCGGUGCCAACUACUACACCAACAGGCACAGCUACACCACCGGUAUCAACUACUAUACCACCAGAAACCAGUACACCAGCGGUGCCAACUACUACCAACAGGCAACAGCUACACCACCGGUAUCAACUACUAUACCACCAGAAACCAGUACACCAGCGGUGCACCUACUACACCAACAGGUACAGCUACACCACCGGUAUCAACUACUAUACCACCAGAAACCAGUACACCAGCGGUGCAACUACUACACCAACAGGCACAGCUACACCACCGGUGCCAACUACUACACCAACAGGCACAGCUACACCACCGGUAUCAACUACUAUACCACCAGAAACCAGUACACCAGCGGUGCCAACUACUACACCAACAGGCACAGCUACACCACCGGUAUCAACUACUAUACCACCAGAAACCAGUACACCAGCGGUGCCAACUACUACACCAACAGGUACAGCUACACCACCGGUAUCAACUACUAUACCACCAGAAACCAGUACACCAGCGGUGUCACUACUACACCAACAGGCACAGCUACACCACCGGUAUCAACUACUAUACCACCAGAAACCAGUACACCAGCGGUGCCAACUACUACACCAACAGGACAGCUACACCACCGGUAUCAACUACUAUACCCAGAAACCACUACACCAGCGGUGCCAACUACUACACCAACAGGUACACCACCGGUAUCAACUACUAUACCACCAGAAACCAGUACACCAGCGGUGCCAACUACUACACCAACAGGCACAGCUACACCACCGGUAUCAACUACUAUACCACCAGAAACCACUACACCAGCGGUGCCAACUACUACACCAACAGGCACAGCUACACCACCGGUAUCAACUACUAUACCACCAGAAACCAGUACACCAGCGGUGCAACUACUACACCAACAGGCACAGCUACACCACCGGUAUCAACUACUAUACCACCAGAAACCACUACACCAGCGGUGCCAACUACUACACCAACAGGUACAGCUACACCACCGGUAUCAACUACUAUACCACCAGAAACCAGUACACCAGCAACUACUACACCAACAGGUACAGCUACACACCGGUAUCAACUACUAUACCACCAGAAACCACUACACCAGCGGUGCCAACUACUACACCAACAGACAGCUACACCACCGGUAUCAACUACUAUACCACCAGAAACCACUACACCAGCGGUGCCAACUACUACACCAACAGGUACAGCUACACCACGGUAUCAACUACUAUACCACCAGAAACCACUACACCAGCGGUGCCAACUACUACACCAACAGGUACAGCUACACCACCGGUAUCAACUACUAUACCUCCAGAAACCACUACACCAGCGGUGCCAACUACUACACCAACAGGUACAAUGACAACAUCGGUGCCAAAAACUACCACACCAUCGGUGUCAACUACCACACCAGAAGAUACUACAACAUCGGCAUUAAUUACUACAGUGCCUGUCACAACAAUAACAUCGGUACCAUCUACUCUACCAACAUCAGCAUCGGUGUCUUCGUCUGAAAUACCUACAGCCUCGGUAUCAUCUACUAUGCCGACAGAAACACCAACACCAACGGUAUCAUUUACCACACAAACAGGCACAUCAUCGGUACCAACUACAACUGAAACACCACCACUGGUAUCUACUACCACAUCAGCGGAUGCUUCAGCGGUACCUUCCACUCCUGCGGUAACCACUGCCACACCUCCGGGAACCACUACACCAACUAGUGUUCCUGCGGAUACAUCCACCACUACUCCACCACUACAGUCGACAGGUAGAUCACCAACUACAACAGAAACAACUGUUUCAGCGGAAACUACAUUAGGUUCAACACCAAUUAAAUCUACGGAAAUAACUACACCAUCAGCAUCCACAACGGAAACUUUUACGCCAACGGUAAAAACUACUUCAGCAACGGAAUCACCUCCAUCAACAGAAAUAUCUUCUACUGUUGAAACACCUACACCAACGGACACUCCAACGAUACCAGUAUCAUCAACAUCUGCGGGAACAUCCCCUGAAACAUCAACAAUAAUAGACACUUCAACUUCACCACAUUCCCCGAUAUCAACGGAAGUUCCAACGUCACCAGCAUCACCUACACCACCUGAAAGUACAACUUCACCGGCAGCACCAACAUCAACGGAAAUGCCAACUUCACCAACACCAACAUCAACGGAAAUCCCACCACCUUCACCGGCACCAUCAACGGAAAUGCCAACUUCACCAACACCAGCAUCAACGGAAUUCCCAACUUCACCAACACCAACAUCAACGGAAAUGCCAACUUCACCAACACCAACAUCAACGGAAAUCCCACCUUCACCGGCACCGUCAACGGAAAUGCCAACUUCACCCGUACCAACGGAAACUCCCACUCCCCCAGGCACCCCUUCAUCGCCAACGGAAACACCAUCACCGUCUUCCACCUCGGUUGGCACAGUCGAGGGGACGACCACACCGGAAAUCACUAGCACGCCAGGUAACUUUUUUGCAGUUGCGAAGCAGCAUGGUAAUUCUAGAAACACAGUAAUAACAACAAAUGACUGCAGUGUGCAAAUGAAGUCAAAUCAACUGGAGUAUGGAGAAGAAUUUACUUUGCCAAAAAUAAUCACUUUUAUUUCAGAUUUUAACAUUUAUUCUUCAUCAUAUUGUCCAUCUAGAAUAAGGAUUUAA